UACGGACCUUUAACAAAGCAGGAAGAGUCUGUCGGUGAGGUGACAGUUAGCUAUCAUGGCGGUAGAUGUGAAAACCAGAGCCAAGCGAUACGAGAAACUGGACUUCCUCGGAGAGGGUCAGUUUGCCACAGUGUACAAAGCCAGGGAUAAAAUGACUGACACCAUCGUUGCCAUUAAAAAGAUUAAGGUUGGCCACAGAACUGAAGCUAAAGAUGGUAUAAAUCGGACUGCUCUUCGAGAGAUCAAACUACUGCAGGAGCUGCAACAUCCUAACAUCAUUGGGCUUCUGGAUGCCUUUGGACAUAAAUCUAACAUCAGCCUGGUGUUUGAUUUCAUGGAAACAGACCUGGAGGUGAUCAUCAAAGACACUAGCUUAGUCUUGACUCCAGCCAACAUCAAAGCCUACAUCCUCAUGACUCUGCAGGGAUUAGAGUAUAUGCACCAACACUGGGUCCUACACAGGGAUCUAAAGCCCAAUAAUUUGUUGUUAGAUGGCAACGGAGUGUUAAAGUUAGCUGAUUUUGGUUUGGCCAAAUCUUUUGGGAGCCCUAAUAGAGUCUACACGCAUCAAGUUGUUACCAGGUGGUACCGCUCCCCCGAGCUCCUGUUUGGUGCCAGGAUGUAUGGUGUGGGUGUCGACACGUGGGCAGUGGGAUGCAUCUUGGCAGAGUUACUCCUUCGGAUACCAUUUCUUGGUGGAGAUUCAGAUCUAGACCAGCUGACUAAGAUCUUUGAGGCUCUUGGGACACCCACGGAAGAGACAUGGCCUGGAGUGACUAGUCUACCAGACUAUGUGGCCUUCAAAAUAUUUCCAGGCACACCUCUGGAGCAUAUAUUUAGUGCAGCUGGAGACGAUUUACUUGAGCUACUUCAGGGCUUCUUUACCUUUAAUCCAUCAACAAGGAUCACAGCUACACAGGCUUUAAAGAUGACAUACUUCAGUAAUCGACCCGGUCCCACUCCUGGCCCCCAACUCCCCCGACCGAACUGUUCAGCUGAGGCUUUGAGGGAAAAGGAAACAGUUGGACUCAAGAGAAAAAUCGAAGGCCCGGAAACAACUGUAAUGAAGAAGAAGCUCAUUUUCUGACCAGAUGGGACCUGGUUAAUCAGAUGAUCACCACUGCAUGGCUCAGCUUCCUGUUUUGCUCAGGAUUUCUUACUGGAAGCAACGAAAGUCACAAACCAGCAGAGGCUGGUUCAGAUGUGGUUGACUUUUGGACAUUUUAGGAGUUGUAGAGAAAGAACUGUGCCUGAGGUCAACUUUAAAUGUCAAAGGUGCUGCUACUUCCAGCGAUUAACAAACGGCAGAGACUGUUUGUGGUCAGUAGAGUUUUCUCUGGUCCCUGUGAAAGCCUGUUUGAAUAUGUCUAUUUAUGUGACCGAAAAAAAGAACACCCAAGCUACCAAGGCUGACUUAUUUCAUGUAGAUUUAUUUUUAUUUUUUGUAUGUACGACCAAUUAAAUGGUGCAAAUGCAUAAAUGCA